UAGAGGGAGAAAAAGAGAGCACGACCAUGGAGUCCAGUGGUGAAGAUACCCUACAGAUUCUCUAAUAUUUUUCCACAACUGCCCCCUAAUAGGCUUCUGAAUUCUCCCAUUUCUCUGUAAGUUUUGAUCUUUCUGUGUCUUUACCCUUUUUUUUUUCGUAAAAUUUUCUCCUGUUGUAAGCAUGAUGAAUAAAGAGAGAGAAAAUUCGAGCGAAUCUGAGAGCAAAUAUAGGGAGAAUAAUAGUUCUGUUGAUUCCGGGGGGAAAAAUCUUGGGAGCCCAGAAAAGAUCGAAACGUAUACGAAAAAGGGUUUGAAUUUUCUUGGGAAAUCAAGCUCGGAAGCGAAAAUGGUCUACGAUGGCUGCUCUUCUUGGGCGGAUGUUUCUCAGUCAAAGAAGACUGGGUCUUCUGGGUGUCAGGAGCUCACUUUGAGCUACCUCUGUGAUAACUCCAAACUGGGGUUUUUAGAUAGGGAUUUAUCGUUUGAGAAAAUGGGGAAUUUUAAGGGGAAAGAGAUAGCGGUUUCUGAGGAUCAAAUUGAUGAGGGUAAUAGGUGGGUGGAGAGAGAUUUUCUUCAGAUGAAUGAGAAUAGAGGGAAGAGGGAGGCUGAGAAUGAGGGAAUUGAGGCAGAGAAUAGGGAAAAGAAGCCAAAGAUUGAAACUUUGAACCUCUCUUUGGCCUUGCCUGAUGUUUCCCUAUCCCUAGCCGGGUCAAACCGAGUCCAAAAUGGGGAUCUCCCGUCACGGUUGAGGUCUAGUAGGAGCAUUCAGGAGCUAGAACCAUCACUUAACAAUACCCAGACGACGUAUUCGAAUGAUUUCACUGCUGCCUCGCUGUCAUACUCGUAUUCGCAUCCAUUCUCCCAUAACCCCAGUUGCUCACUUACCCGGAACUCGACUGAGAAUUAUGAGUGUUCGAUGGGGAGCCAUAGGAGGGGGAGUGACCAGAUUUGGAAUUGUGGGGAGGGAACUAAUGGAUCAGUUCAUAGCCGGUUUAGACCGAUUGGGGAUGGCGGUGUUGCAUUGUCUAAUCAUGGCAGUGGAACUUUUGCUUUCGGUGGUCGUGUUGGUGUGGUCAAUAAGGAAACUUGUAAUAACAGCUUCUAUAGGACUACAAGUUCAGAUAACAACUCGUUUUUCCCAUCUGAGUUGCCUGCAAGGCCGAGGAUUGAUGGUCAGUCAGGUGAUUCAAGAGGAAAAGAAUCUGAUGGUUUGAGAGGUUUGGAGGGCAUAGAUGGAGGAAGAGUGCCUCGUAAGCUCUCCCGGCCUGAGAGGAUCCUUAGAGAGAUUGUGUCAGAGUCUGUUCCCGUUAUGGCUCAGAUAAUUCAAGAACUUCCCGAUGAAACACUUGAAUCAACGAAGGAAUAUUUGAGGGGUCUCAUUACAAUGCCUGAUAAGAAAGAUGAAUUAGCGAGCCUGCAAUACCGGGUUGAGAGGAGGUCAGACCUUACAAACGGGACUCUCUUGAAAUGCCACAAGAGUCAGCUCGAAAUUUUGGUUGCCAUUAAAAUGGGUCUCGGAAGCUUCUUAUCAAGCCAAACUCGUCUAUCUAAUGCAGAACUAGUAGAAAUUUUUUCACUUGAAAGGUGUCGAAACAUAAAAUGCAAGAGGCCUUUACCCGUUGAAGACUGUGAUUGUAAGAUUUGUUCUACCAAGAAAGGAUUCUGCAGCGAAUGCAUGUGCCCCGUCUGUUUGAAUUUCGACUGUGCCAACAAUACUUGCAGUUGGGUAGGCUGCGAUGCGUGUUCACACUGGUGCCAUGCCGUUUGUGGCAUUCAGAGAAAUCUCAUAAAGCCAGGUCCCCGCUACAAUGGUCCCUCUGCAACAACCGAGAUGCAAUUUUACUGUCUUGGAUGCGGUCAUGCUUCAGAGAUGUUCGGGUUCGUUAAAGAUGUGUUCAAGUCCUGUGCAAAGGAUUGGGGAGAGGAAACCCUUAUUAAAGAGCUAGACUGUGUUCGGAAAAUCUUUCAGGGGAGUGAAGAUUUUAAAGGCAAGGAGCUGCAUGUUAAAGCUGAUGAGUUGCUCACGAAGCUCGAGAAGAAGACAAUGUCUCCAUCAGAUGUUUGCAAUUUCAUUUUCCAGUUCUUUGACUAUGCGGAUGGCUUGUCCGACUUUCCUGUUUCGAACUAUCUUUCGAAAGACAUGGCAAGUCAAGCGAGCCUGAAAAAAGAUGUCGGUCUUCCUUCGACCGCCUCCCUCGUUCCCAAAUCGACGUUCUACAACAUGAACUCGUCGAGCAGUAGACAGGAUUCGGUUCCAGCCGACCAUCAAAACGAAGCAAAGCCGCCUCCCUUCAUGAACGACCAAAUCGUUAAAGACGAAUGGUCCGUGAAGGCGCCCAAGAAAGCCGCGCUCGACAGUUCACCGAAGAAAGCCGCGCUCGACAGCUUGGAAGGCGUCGUGCGCAUUAAAGAAGCGGAAGCGAGGAUGUUCCAGAACAAGGCGGACGAGGCAAGGAGGGAAGCGGAAAGCCUUAGGAGGAUGGCGAGGAUCCAAGGCGAGAAGCUGGAAGAGGAGUACAUGGAGAAGAUGUCGAAGCUGUGCCUGCUGGAAACCAAGGAAAGGAAGAGGAAGAAACUGGAGGAGCUGAAGACGCUCGAGAAUUCGCACUGCGAUUACUACAAGAUGAAGGCGAGAAUGCAGGGCGAGAUUGCGGGUUUGCUCAAGAGAAUGGAAGCAACAAAGCAGCUUUUGGUGUGACUCUUGACAAAUUUUCAAGUGCUGUUGUGCUUUUAGAUAACUUUAUAGUGUUUUUGCUUCAUUCCAUUAUAUGUUUUUGCUAACUUUUUAAGGUUUUUUGAGAUUGUCCUAUUGUUUCAUUGUAGCCUAUCCAAUGGCAUUUUCUUCUUUAAAAUUGGUUCCAGAAUGGCUUGCUCGGCUUUAUGAACUCACCUCAUACUAUUUAUUGUAUUAACCAUUUUUCUUCUUUA